AUGGUGGCCGAGCGCGCCCGCAAAGCGGCAGCCGCGGCGGGUGCCUGCGGCCUUGGGGAGCUGGGCGCGAACCAGACCGAGGCGCUGGCGGCGGCUCCAUACGAGCGCUGCGCGAGGCUGCCGAGCCCGGGGUCUUUCGGGCUGCUGGCGCUGGCCCUCUGCUCGCUGGCGCUCAGUCUGCUCGCCCACUUUCGGACGACCGAGCUGCAGGCCCGGGUGCUGAGACUGGAAGCCGAGAGCUGGGAGCAGCAAAUGGAGACGGCUAUUUUGGGACGAGUCAACCAACUGCUGGACGAGAAAUGGAAGCAUCACUCGCGGCAGCGCCGGGAAGCCCCAAACACAUCUACAGGGUGUAACUGCCCACCAGGGCCUCCUGGUCCCACUGGAAGACCUGGACUCCCGGGAGACAAAGGUGCCAUUGGGAUGCCUGGACGUGUGGGUGCCCCAGGAGAUGCUGGGAUGUCCAUCAUUGGUCCGAGAGGCCCCCCUGGCCAGCCGGGCACACGAGGUUUUCCUGGAUUUCCGGGUCCCAUUGGGUUAGACGGCAAACCGGGCCACCCAGGACCCAAAGGGGAGAUGGGUCUGAUGGGCCCCCGAGGACAGCCGGGACCCCAAGGACAAAAAGGAGAAAAGGGUCAGUGUGGCGAGUACCCACACCGGGAGCACCUAAGCAGCUCUCUAGCAGCUCUGCGCUCCAACCAGAUAAUUACCCUGAAGCUGCUGCCUCUCCUCAAUUCAGUGCGGCUGGCUCCGCCCCCAGUCAUAAAAAGGCGGACCUUCCAGGGUGAACAGGGCCAGGCCGGUAUCCAAGGCCCUCCAGGGCCACCAGGCCCCCCUGGACCAACUGGACCUCUGGGGCACCCAGGACUGCCAGGGCCCAUGGGGCCACCCGGCUUACCUGGGCCUCCUGGACCAAAGGGAGACCCUGGGAUCCAAGGCUAUCAUGGCCGGAAGGGAGAGCGAGGCAUGCCGGGGAUACCAGGCAAGCAUGGAGCAAAGGGGGCUCCUGGGAUCGCUGUGGCUGGGAUGAAGGGUGAGCCAGGGACCCCAGGAGCCAAGGGUGAGAAGGGCGCAGCGGGCUCCCCUGGGCUGCCUGGCCUCCUGGGACCGAAGGGAGAGAAGGGCGGUGCUGGCAAUGCCAUUGGAGGAGGUCGAGGGGAUCCUGGCCCCCCAGGGCUCCCUGGGCCCCCAGGGCCAAAGGGAGAAGCUGGUGUUGAUGGACAGGCUGGCCCCCCAGGACGGCAAGGAGACAAGGGGGAGCCUGGAACAGCUGGAGAACAGGGGCCAGCUGGCACCAAGGGCUCCAAGGGAGAACCAGGGAAAGGAGAGAUGGUGGAUUACAAUGGAAACAUCAAUGAGGCUCUCCAGGAGAUCCGAACACUGGCCUUGAUGGGCCCCCCUGGUCUUCCUGGGCAAAUUGGCCCACCCGGAGCUCCAGGAAUUCCAGGCCAGAAGGGGGAGAUUGGACUGCCAGGCCCUCCAGGACAUGAUGGGGAAAAGGGACCUCGAGGCAAACCAGGAGACUUGGGCCCCCCUGGUCCACAAGGACCCCCAGGAAAGGAGGGGCCUCCAGGAAUGAAGGGAGAAGAUGGACGCACAGGGAGCCCAGGAGAAAAGGGGGAGAGAGGGGAGAUGGGACCAGCAGGCUCCCCGGGAGAGAAAGGAGAACCUGGGGAGAAGGGUGACCCAGGCAUGGAGGUAGUUCCUGGUCCACCAGGGCCACAGGGGCUUCCCAGACCUCCAGGGCUCCAAGGUAUUCCUGGACCAAAGGGAGAAGCAGGACUAGAUGGUGCAAAAGGAGAGAAAGGUUCCCAGGGAGAAAAAGGAGACCGAGGUCCUCUGGGAUUGCCCGGAGCUUCAGGUUUGGACGGCAGGCCUGGGCCACCGGGUACUCCAGGACCAAUUGGAGUUCCAGGCCCCGCAGGACCAAAGGGCGAGAGGGGCAGCAAAGGUGACCCUGGGAUGACAGGACCAACGGGAGCAGCAGGGCUUCCUGGUUUACACGGACCACCCGGGGACAAAGGACACCGGGGGGAGAGGGGGAAGAAAGGCUCUAGAGGGCCUAAAGGGGAUAAGGGAGACCAAGGAGCGCCUGGAUUAGAUGCCCCCUGUCCAUUGGGUGAAGAUGGUCUACCAGUCCAGGGCUGCUGGAACAAGACUUAG